AGCGCGAGCGGCGCCGUCACAAAAGGAAGUGGCGGCGGCGGGUCCGUCAGCGCGGGGAGGGGCGGGGGCGGCUCCGGCAGCACCGGGAGCACCGGGAGCACCGGCAACAGCGGCACCGGCACCCGCGGGGCGGCCGCGGCGGGGGCCGCGCCGCGCCAUGGCCCAGCAGCAGAUGAGCAGCUCGCAGAAGGCGCUGAUGCUGGAGCUGAAGUCGCUGCAGGAGGAGCCGGUCGAGGGCUUCCGCAUCACCCUGGUCGACGAGUCCGACCUCUACAACUGGGAGGUGGCGAUCUUCGGGCCCCCCAACACGCUGUACGAGGGCGGGUACUUCAAGGCUCACAUUAAAUUCCCUAUCGACUAUCCAUAUUCACCACCUACCUUCAGAUUCCUGACCAAAAUGUGGCACCCCAACAUUUAUGAGAAUGGAGAUGUAUGUAUUUCAAUUCUUCACCCACCUGUAGAUGACCCACAAAGUGGAGAGCUGCCAUCUGAGAGGUGGAACCCUACCCAAAAUGUCAGGACUAUCUUACUGAGUGUAAUCUCUUUGCUUAAUGAGCCCAACACAUUCUCCCCAGCCAACGUGGAUGCAUCAGUCAUGUUCAGGAAAUGGAGGGACAGUAAAGGAAAAGACAAGGAGUACGCCGAAAUCAUAAGGAAACAGGUUUUGGCUACCAAAGCUGAGGCAGAGAAGGAUGGCGUGAAGGUCCCCACUACACUGGCAGAGUACUGCAUCAAAACUAAAGUGCCUUCCAAUGACAACAGUUCAGAUUUGCUUUACGACGACUUGUACGAUGACGACAUUGACGACGAAGACGAGGAGGAGGAGGAUGCCGACUGUUACGAUGAUGAUGAUUCUGGCAACGAGGAGUCGUGACCUGCUCCCUCUAUGCCCCUGUACUGCCCUGCCGACUCAGGCCAGAAGGGAGCAGCGGUAACCUAGCAGCAGUCCAGCAAAAAAAGUGGGGGGGGGUGUCAAAAAAAAAAAAGAAAAAAAAGAAAAAAAAACCACAAACAAACAAAAAAAAAACCCAACACAAAACUUUGUCUCCUGCUGUCUCCUGUUGUAUGGAUCUGUUUGCUCCUUUUUUAUGGACCUCUUAGAGACCCUCCACAGAAUGUCUGAAUUCUUGCAUUCUUAACCCUUUCAUCACUGUAUUACGAUUUCUUUUUAAAAAAGAAACUCCCCUUUUCACUUCUCUACGAAACGCUCACAGCAAAACAGGUUUGCUCGCGUUUAGAUUCUUGAAUUAAAUACAGUCUUGCAUUGAGAUGUUUAAUGUAUUUAAAGCUGGAACAAACCCAUUGGAAGCCGGGUUUUCAGGAGCUCAAGUGCUGCAUUUACUGGGAAGAAAAAAAAUCCCCACGAAGCAAAUUGCCAAGGUUUAGCUGCUCCAUUUACAAUAAUAGCGUGUGUACAUUCGUUUAACCUUGUGGUGGUGGCUUUUCCUUUAUAAGGUGUGGGGCGGAGAGUGUAAAGCUACUGUGUGUUGAGCUUGAUGGGAUGUCACUGAAAGGUACAGUAUUCCUUUUCAACCUACUAAGUUAGGAAAUAUAGCUGGCCUCUGGAGCCCCAGAGGGCACAAUCAGCUCUGUCUCUGGAAAAGGCUUGUGAGAUGAACCCUAAAAUAAACACUUAACACUUCACGUCUGUA